AUGGUGAAGUACGCGAAGGAGCCGUCCAACGAAAACAAAUGCUGCAAGGCAUUUGGCCAGGACCUGCGUGUCCAUUUUAAGAACACGCACGCGACGGUCCAGGCCAUUAAGAAGGACAAGAGAGGCAACCCGAUGAAGCUUUCUGCUGCCAAGAAGUACCUCGAAGAUGUUAUGGAGAAGAAGAGGUGCAUCCCGUUCAGAAAGUUCACCGGCUGCAUUGGCCGCAAGGCUCAAGCGAAGGAGUUCAAGCACACCCAAGGACGUUGGCCAGUCAAGUCUUGCAAAUUCGUCUUGGAUUUGCUCAGAAAUGCGGAGUCCAACGCUGAGAUGAAGAAUCUCGACGUGGACAACCUGGUGAUUGAGCACAUCCAAGUCAACCGUGCACCGAAAGGCCGCCGCAGGACCUACCGCGCUCACGGUCGCAUCAACCCGUACAUGUCCCAGCCGUGCCACAUUGAAGUGAUCCUGCGAGAACAAGAGCAGCCCGUCGAGAAGCCGUCCGUCGAGGGCGUGAAGGCCAAGACCGUUCGCCUCACAAAGAAGGCGCUGGCACGCAGCCGUCUGAGAGUGGGAGGCGGCAGCAACUAA